AUGUCGUACAACCUGCUCGAGCCGCCGCCGGGUGUUGUGGGCGGUGCAGGUGUGGGGGGCAUGAACACGAACACGAACUUCUAUGUGGUGCUCGCCGUGGCAGGGGCGCUCGUGAACGCGAAUGGGAGCCGCGUCGACGACCUCGGCAGCAACGGCUCGCAGAGCGACUACAGCGCUGUGCACGCGGGCUACACUAUCUACGACCAGGCGAUGGCACAUGUGCGUGCACUCGCGCUCUUCAACCACAUGGACGUGUCCGCCGCCGACACCGACUUUACGUUGCCUGCGGCGCUCUUCCCCGGUGUACCGCAGCCCGACGCCGUCCUCGUGCGCCACCUCGGCGUGCCACACCCAACUGUGUGCCCAAGGUGA